AUGUCUUCGGAAAGAAAUACUACAUCGACCUCCGACAAUGCUGAGGUAGGAAUUACGGUGGAAGAAGUUCGCAAUUUUUUGCAAUUUUUCAUUGAUUUUUUUCUCAAAAAUAGAAAAUUUGAAAAAAAAAACUCAGAAUUGGGAAAUGUUUUCCAUCAAAGCUUCAAAUCGCCCUUAAAAUUUCAAUCGAUUUUUCAGCAACUCCCCCUCACAACUCUGAAUUCAACAUCAACUACUGAACGAGUUCCAACGCCAGAAAAUGCUUUAGCUUCAACAAACAUUCAAGCUCAAGCUUCAAAUGAACAGCCAGUUAGUGCAAUUAACAUGGCUGAAUGAGAAAAACUACAUUCUUUCAAAAACAAAAAAAUUCUGAAUUGUGAAAAUUUUCUUGAAAGUGUCCUUAAAAUUUCAAUCGAUUUUUCAGCAACUCCCCCUCACAAAUCUGAAUUCACCAUCAGCUACUGAACGAGUUCCAACGCCAGAAAUUGCUGCAGCCCCCGUUCAAGCUGAUUUAAAUGCACAGCAAGAUAUUGGAGAAGAUGGACGAGCUAGAGGAAACCAACUAUGGGCAGAGAAUGCUCAUGAGGCCGAAGCUGAUAGAAUUCUUCGUGAGACUUUGGAAAUUUAUAAAAAAGUUUUUAAAAGAGGUUUGUGUUUGGACUAAAGUUUCGUAAUUGAAGUUACAGUUCCUAUCUUAUUUUUAGUAAUCGCCAAAUAUGUAUUGUUUAUCAUAUUAUGGAUUUUGGUCUUUUUAUUCUCAAUGUUUUCAAUUAGUUGCUGGUCAGAACAUUUGGAAUUGAUUGAACAUUUGGAAGUGUACGAUAAGCGAUACAUAAAAAAAUAUCAGAAAUCGAAAAAUGCAAAUUCUGUUGAUAUGGAUUGCCCAAUUAUUGGUGUGAUUGGUAAAUUUUGGACACCUAAUAGUUCGCAUGUGGAUCUUGUUGGCAAAAUAUUAUCGAUUAUUUCGAUCAGAGAAAUUGUUCACGUGAGCUGGCUUUUUGAUUUACAAAAAAAGUAAUAAAAAUUUCAGCUGAUCAAAGAAGUGAACGAAGCUAUAAAAUAUAAAACUAUUCCCCUCGACGAAGCCGCCAAGAAAAGGGAUAAAUUUCUGAAAUUUUGUAAACGUCAUGGCAUUCAAGUUGUCGAACAAGCUGCCGGCUAG